AUGAAGGAAUACAUAGCUCUGAAUCACAUGCAAUUGGCAUCUGAUUUCGACUCGCAGAAGACCCAUUAUGUAAUCCCGCAUCAUGGAGUCCUUAGAUCAGAAAGCACGACUACCAAGCUGCGUGUUGUGUUUGAUGCACUUGUAGCGGAUAUCUGCAAGAUGUAUGCCAGUUUGAAGUAUCACCAGACGAUCCUCAACACUGUCACGUACGACAUGUCCUGCGCACCAUUUCUAGCAAUCAGGAGCUUGAAAUAUAUUGCGGAUCACUUCUCAAAGCAGUUUCCCAUCGGAGCAGCCGUACUUAAGGAAGAGAUGUUCGUCGAUGACCUCCUUACUGGAGCAGACAGUGUCGAAGAGCUUCAUCUCAAGGCUGCAGAGGUCACCAGCAUGCUUUCUAAGGCUGGAUUAGAGCUUGCAAAAUGGAACACAAGCAAUAUAGAAGGCAAUGGAGCAGAGUUUCAAUUCAAGGUUGAUACCAAAGAUAUAACGAAGACAUUGGGCAUGUCGUGGCAGCCCAAACUAGAUGUGUUCUGUUUAAGGUAUACACUACCUACAAUCAUUGUCAUCACCAAGCAGAGCAUCGUUUCACUUGUGGCUCACCUGUACGAUUUGCUAGGGCUCGUAUCACCAGUCGUUAUUCGUCGCAAAAUAUUGGUCCAAGAGUUGUGGAUGCACCGUCUAAACUGGGGCGAUCCACUUCCCUCUGAGCUUCAAUCCCAGUGGAAGCGAAUCGAAGAAGAUUUGCACAAUCUUCAAACCAUCGAAAUUCCAAGAUUUAUUAAGUAUUAA